AUAAUGUAAUUUCAAAUAUUCUACAGAUGUUUCUGACCUCCAUACUGUGGUCUGAUGAGAGUGAAGUAAUUGUCUACAGAUCAUUCCUGGAGUUUAAGGAGUUUCAUGUAAGUUUUAAAUUGAACCUGCACAUCAAUAACGGGGCAGCAGGUAGCCUAGCGGUUAAGAGUGUUGGGUCAGUAACCGUGAGGUUACUGGUUUGAAUCUCUGAGCCGACAGGGUGAAAAAUCUGUCAAUGUGCCUUUGAGAAAGGCACUUGACCCUAAUCCUGUAAAUCGCUCUGGAUAAGAGUGUCUGCUAAAUGACCCAAAAAAGACAAUUAAGUGAUUGAUACAUCUUUAUCAAAAGAUGUUAUAUCCCUCCUCUUUUUCAACAGAGACAAUUGAAGAAGAGGUUUUCCCUUGGGAAUCCUUUCCGCAAGAGAGACAGAGUGAUUCCCAAAUUCAGAUGUAAGUCAACAACCUCACAGUCUCAUCUUUACCUCACAAUCUACCCCCAAACUAUUUAAACUCUCCUUCAUCACUCUCCUAUCUCACCUCCUCAUCACAUUCAUGUUGUUCUUCUUCCUACCUCAAUGAAAAAGUGAAACCCCAUCUAUAAAAAAAAAAACGGAAUACAUUUUCCUUUCUUUCACUGCGAAUACUGAGUGCAGACCUUACUAAUUGUUGUCUUCUCUCAGCCACAGAGAUGAGGAGAAAGUUCCAGGAGAAGUAUUCUAGUUGGUCGAUGCGUCAGAUUAAUUUACUGGAGAACUACUGCAGCGACCUGCUCAGGUGUGACACGUCUGUGACCUUCAGUUCAGAGGUCACUCAAUUCUUCAUGCCCAAAGACCACGACCUGCAGGCAGACUUCACCAAGAACAGGUAAACACAUACAAAUAUUCCUUGUUUCAGCCUCUUUAAAAAAAGUAAUUUCAGCCUUCUUAUUUCACUACACUUAUUAUUAAAUCAUGGAUCCACUUAAUGGAUGAGAGCAUCUACUUACUAAAUGGCAGCAUUGUUUUAAGAGCACUCGGGCCUUCUCAUAAAAACUUCAAGAAAAUGUCCAGCAGGUAUGUUACUGUCAGCGUUUGUCUCCUCUUUCACAGCAUCAUGAUCCUGCCAUUGAAGGAGGGGAACAUGAGCAGGCAGCGUCUGAGCAUGGGCAAUGGGACACACCCCUUUGUGAGCCAGUCUUACCGCUGUGUGGGGCCCUACGACACCAAAGACACUAAGAACAGGCCCUUUAAAGUGGCCUUGGAUGAGAGGCUGGACGUGCUCAUCAAAGACCAGGCAGGUUAGAGUCCUCUUUAAUAUAGUUGACUUUUAUUUACCUGUAUUUAAACGUAGUUUAGCCCACAUUUAAUUUCUCCCUCCACUGUUAACCUGGGAUAGGCUCCACUUUCAAGCUUUGUGUGGAGAAGCAUGGAAGUCAAGACUAGUCUAAUUAAGAGAAAUUAAUAUGAUAAUAGAUAAAUUCCUCCUCCUCUUACACUUCUUCUGUCUCGGUCUGUGUGUGUUCAUUCAGGCUGGUGGCUGGUGGAGAACGAGGAUAAACAGUUGGCCUGGUUCCCUGCUCCCUACCUGGAGAUGUGUGAGACAGAGGAGGAUGGAGAUGAAUUGGAUGGAAUUCCCUUGGGGGGUGAGAUACGUUUUACUGUAUAUUUAUGCAUAUCCUGUCCACAGUCCAAACUUAAUCACAGUAAAUGUUGUGAGUUUGAUUAAUAUACUAGGCCUACUGUGGAUUGCACCUACAAUGGAUUGCAGUUAGAGCAUGGAUAAACCAUUCCAAAAAUCCUGUUUUGAAGUUAGAAUGUUCCACAGCCAUCCAAACACCAGGGGGCAGUCCUCAGCUAGAUAAAUCACGCUCAUUCCAACAAAGUAGAGAAUAUUAGACUGAGAUUGUAUUACAGAUUACAAGAUUGCAUUACAAGGUUUUCUGUCAUGGUUUUGAGAUUUGUCAAGAUCCACUAUCUACAGUGCCUUCAGAAAAUAGUCACACCCCUUGACUUAGUUCACAUUUUGUUGAGUUACAGCCUGAAUUCAAAAUGUAUUAAAUAUAUAUUUUGUCUCACCCAGUUACACACAAUACCCCAUACUGACAAAGUGAAAACAUAUUUUUAGAAAUGUUUGCACAUUUAUUGAAAAUGAAAUACAGAAAUAUCUAAUUUAAUAAGUAUUCACACCCCUGAGACAAUACUUUGUAGAAGCAUCUUUGGUGGUGAUUACAGCUGUGAGUCUUUCUGGGUAAGUCUCUAUGAGCUUUCCACUUUUAUUCUGAAAAACUCCCCAGUCCUUAAAGAUUAAAAGCAUACCCAUAGUAUAAUGCAGCUGCCUUGAAAAUAUGGAGAGUGGUACUCAGUAAUGUGUUGUAUUGGAUUUUCCCCAAACAUAACACUUUGUAUUCAGAACAAAAAGUUAAUUUCUUUGCUACAUUUUUUGCAGCAUUACUUUAGUGCCUUGUUGCCAACAGGAUGCAUGUUUUGGAAUAUUUUUAUUGUGUACAGGCUUCCUUCUUUUCACUCAAUUAGGUUAGUAUUGUGUGGAGUAACUACAAUGUUGUUGAUCCAUCCUCAGUUUUUUCCUAUCACGACCAAUAAACUCUGUAACUGUUUUAAAGUCACGGUUGGCCUCAUGGUGAAAUCCCUCCGGCACCUGAGUUAGGAAUGACGCCUGUAUCUUUGUAGUGACUGGGUAUAUUGAUACACCAUCCAAAGUGUAAUUAAUAACUUCAGCAUGCUCAAAGGGAUAUUCAACGUCUGCUUUUUUUUAUUUCUACCAAUAGGUGCCCUUGUUUCCGAGGCAUUGGAAAACCUCCCUGGUCUUUGUUGUUGAAUCUGUGUUUGAAAUUCACUGUUCGACUGAGGGAUCUUACAGAUAAUUGUAUGUGUGGAGUACAGAGAUGAGGUAGUCAUUCAGUGAGUCCAUGCAACUUAUUAUGUGACUUGUUAAGCAAAUUUUUACUCCUGAAAUUAUUUAGGAUUGCCAUAACAAAGGGGUUGAAUAAUUAUUGAUUCAAUACAUUUCAGCUUUUCAUUUGUAAUUAAUUUGUAAACAUUUCAAAUUCCACUUUGACAUUAUGGGGUAUUGUGUGUAGAUCAGUGACACAACAUCUCAGUUGAAUCCAUUUUAAAUGCACGCUGUAACACAACAACAUGUGGGAAAAGUCAAGGGGUGUGAAUACUUCUGAAGGUUCUGUAUACAUUCCCAGAAGAACUACUGCUGAUGGUAUUGUAGAAAGGAAUCUCUGUUGUUGUUUUAAUCCACUUCCUGGUUUGUCCCUCAGGAACUCUCUUCUGCGCUGUGAAGAGUUACUCCACUAAGAAUCAUGACGAGGUGCCUGUUCCUAUUGGCUCUGUGGUAGAGGUGCUGAGGAAAUCAAACGACGGAUGGUGGCUCAUCAGGUAUGUCAACAUGUAACUAUCUGUCUGAAUGUCUGCCUCUCAGAAUGCUAUACAGACAAAGCAAUCAAAACUGAUUUUUUUUUGGUCAGGUCUGCGAUACAAGACAAUACAACCAAUGUACAACCUCUCAUUGUCUUGGCUAAAACCAGGCAGCAGGAAUGUGGGAGGAAUUGUUGAAUGCGUUGUCAAAUCAAAUCAAAUCAAAUCAAAUUUUAUUGGUCACAUGCGCCGAAUACAACAGGUGCAGACAUCACAGUGAAAUGCUUAUUUACAGCCCUUAACCAACAGUUACUCCAAACAUGUGAUUGUAGUUUGAUUUGAUUUGACUAUGUGAACAGGGAGCACCUAAUUAGCUGGCAACCAAAAGUUAAUACCUGAAAUAAAAUGACAUAAGUAAGGCGAUCCUGCGGUUUUCAUACAUUUAUUUGUUAACAAACAACAGCCAGGAGAAAACCUGUUCCCUUUGACAAAUGAUGAUUGAUGGUGACUAACGGCACCACUUUGACAUUCUGUCAAGCAAAGACAUGAAAGUCAUCACCUGAAGAUGUCCUGUAAAAAACAACAACUCUUUGAGCCCUAAGUGAUGUAACUCUUUUCCCCUCCAGGUAUAAUGGCAGGACAGGCUAUGUCCCCUCCAUGUACCUGCAGCCUUACAACAACCCACGUGCUGGCUUCCUCACCCUGCAGAGGAAGCUGCACAGCUCCUCUCUCAAUCUGGCAACCCACAUGAACAGCUCUACUCUCAACCUGGCAUCCAGUGGGAGCAGCCAAUCUGGCAACCGCUACUCAGCCACCUUGUAUGAGGAGACAGAGCUGCAGGAGCACACGACCCAGCCCAGGGGUGAUCCGUAUCUGGCCCCCCGUCUCCAAAAGACCCGCUCUCUGGAGCUCCUGUCUGAGACCCGUCCCGGCACGGCCGUCCCUCCAUCCCAGAGAGAGAAAGAAGACCUGGAGUCAAACCUGGAUCCGGCAAUCCGCAAGAGCACCAUCAGCGGGGCCAGGUCCUCCAACUCUGACUUCAGCUCGUCAGGCAUUGAGUCUCUGGGCCGGAGUGUCGGGGGGCCUUCCACCAGUGAGGAGGAGCCCCAGAGCCCCCCACACAGCCCCAAGUCCUCACCCCAGCCAAGGGAGAGCAACAGUGGAUGCAGCAGCCCAGAUGAGAGCCUCUCCUCCAGCUCCAGGCCUGCGGCUGGGUCCUGUAAGAUGCCCACCGCUGCCCCCAGGGUGCCCCCGCGACCCAGAGCCCAGGAGAUCCUGACCCGGUGUACCUCCAUUACCUGCAAGGCUGCCCUGGCCUCCAGGGGGGAGUUCUCCCUGCAGGACCGCACCCAGACCCACUAG